AUGCAGAACCUCCCAAAGGCCCUGGCGAUACCAAAACCUCGCUUCCACAUCCUGGGACCCGGCGGCAUCGGCUCCCUUUUCGCCUACCACUUCCACCGCCACAAGAUCCCCUUCACCUUUUUCCAACGCCACGCACCCCCCGUCCCACCACUCGCCAGACAUGCUAAAGAAAUCGCAACGACAACAGGAACGGACUCGGUACUACGAGAACCAAAGCCAACAUUCCCACCAUCAACCCUCAAAUACAUGAACCUGACUUCCCUCGAAACCAUUUCAGUUGAACCCCAAAUCAUCGACGGCCUCGACUGGGAACCGCUCUACCCUUCCAUCGACAAGGAACUCUUCCGGAACGAUCCCAUCUACAACGAAAUGUCUCGUGCUCCUAUUCACCACCUCCUGGUGACCACAAAGACUUAUCAGACUGUCGAAGCUAUUUCAAAGAUCCGACAUCGGUUGAGGCCCUGGACGACGAUUGUGCUGAUGCAGAAUGGGAUGGGGGUGAGGGAGGAGAUUUGUGAGUCGAUGGGGUGGAAGGAUGAACUGGAGAGGCCGAAUUUUGUGCAGGGGAUUAUAUCUCAUGGCGCCCAGAAGACAGGGGAUACUGUUGUUCAUACGGGGAAGGGGCAUGUCUGGCUGGCACCCGUCAUUGAUCCUUCAGCAGCACCGUCUCCGUCAACAGUAGCAGCAGGAACAGGAACAUCAAGCGACGGCGACGGCGACAGUGCCGACGGCGACGACGACGACGACGACAACAACACUGACAACAAGACAAGAACCCCACGCUGGAACCAAUCGACACUCCCAACAAUCAACAAGCUGUUAAAAGUCCCAGCAAAGGGUUCCAACUCCCUGUACCCGAAACUCAUCCCCCCGGUGAUGAUGAAGCUCUCGAUCCCAUACCCAACCACCAGCCCCGCACCCUUCGCCACCCGCUUCAGCCCCUCUACACCUUUUUCAAAAUUCUACACUGCCCCCAAGACCCGCCAACAACUUCGGGAUCUCCGGACGAAAUCCCUUUUUGAGACCCUCGCAGCAUUCGAGGAACUCUCCGAGGAUAUGGAACUCCGUGUUCUCUUACCGGAUCAUCUUCUCGCCCUUCAACUCUCCAAAGUCGUCGUCAACUCUUGCGUAAACCCCGUAGCGACAUUACUGGAAUCCACCAAUGGGGAUCUGCUGGAGAAGGAGGAUGCCCACCAGGCCGUCAAGAACCUGAUCAAGGAGUCCCAUCAUAUCCUGUCGCAGUCCAAGGAGUGUCAGGUCCUCGACGAGCAAUUGAAGAAGGAGUUUUUGACCGUCGAGGCGUUGACAGAGACCACUGAGGCGAUCCUGAGAGCCACCCGCCAGAACCGAUGCUCGACUCUACAGGAUUACUUGAAGGGCUCAACGCAGUGCGAGAUCGAUUACAUGAACGGAUACCUUGUCCGGAUGGCGGAGCGGUCUGGGGUUGAUGCGCCCUUGAACAGGAUGGUAACUGAGAAGAUUAAGGAGAAGUUUGCCGCGCCAAGGAACCCUACUAAAGCCAUUUAG